AUGGCACCCUUCGACAAGACCAAGGCGUACGCGGAGAAGGAGGAGGUUUUCUUCGACGACGGUCGCGAGGUCGAACUCCUGCACUUUGUCUAUGGCAGACCCGACAUUGACGACAUCCGCGGCUCUCCGGCGCGCGUUCUGGCCGCCAUUGAUGAGUUCGCACGCACCAGGUACCUCAUGAAUGUCGGCGAGGACAAGGGCAGGAUAGUCACCGACUUGAUUGCUGAGGUCAAGCCCAAGAUUAUGGUAGAGCUAGGAGGCUACGUCGGCUACUCCUGCAUCCUCUUCGGCGAUGCUGUGCGCAAAGCCGGCGGAAAGCGCUACUUCAGCCUUGAGCGGAAUCCUGAGUUCGCUGCCGUUAUCGCGUCUCUGGUGGACCUUGCGGGCCUGAGCGACGUUGUCAAGGUGAUUGUUGGAUCGAGUGAUGCCUCAAUAAAGAGGCUGCUUGCGGCGGGAGAGCUGCAGCACAUCGACCUGAUGUUCCUCGACCACUACAAGCCGGCGUAUACGACUGACUUGAAGCUGUGCGAAGAGCUCAAGUUAAUCACGCCCGGCUCCAUCCUCGCGGCCGACAACGUCGUCACACCAGGCAAUCCGCCGUACCUUGAGUAUGUUCGGAGCAGCGUGGAGCAGAAGAGGUCAGCCGCGACUUCCAAUGGCACGACGGGCGCGGAUGGCGUCGACAAGCGCUUUGCAGAAAGGACGUCCAAACAGUAUCUCGCGCGAGAAGGGGAGGCCAAACUUGACACGGCCCGCAAGGGCAACCCGAACCUGGUCUAUGAGAGCAAGCUGGUAGACAGCUUUGAACCCACUGGUGAAAAGGAUGGUGUGGAGAUCACGCGAUGCGUCGGAGAGCAGAGUUAG